AUGAAAAUUGGAGAAUCAAGUCCAGCAUAUGGUGUCAUUGGCAGAAAGCGCACAUACAGCGAAGCUUGUGUCGGUUUCAAAGUGGAUCUUCGACUAUUAUACGAUUCACGCCAAAACGAGCACGAUCUACUUUCUAUGGAGGUUGCCAAGGAUGGUUCCACUUCCAAGCUGUGUAGAGAUGUAUGCAAACUUAUGCGGGAAGCAAAGGACAACCUGGAUGAUACGCUUCAGGCAUCUCUUGAAAAACAAAAUCACAUCUCUUUCCUCUACAUGGUACUGUACAUACAAGCCAACGAAUUGCAUGCUCAUCUUGGUUUCAUCCACCUAGCAAAAUCUGGACUCUACUUGGCCCUGCGUCGAGGCAAACUCUGCUUUCCAAGGACGCUGUCAUCCUUGUUGGAUUUCAAAAACAGUGUGAUAUUAUUAGCAUCACUAGUAUUUGAUUUGGAACGAACUGCGUUGAUGAUCUGCAAGUCAAUAGAUAUGAUCGACGAUAUCGAGAGACAACGUUAA